UUUGAAAAUCCACUAUAUAAAAAUACGCAACUGCGUUCCUUGUUUCCGAGGAGCCUUCUCUCUCAUAAGUUUUUGUCGCAGGAAAGGAAAACAAAAAAAGAAACUCUUCUUACUGAAACUAUCAGCAAAAUACGCAAGAAACAAUGAGUUAUUACAAUCAGCAACAGCCACCCGUUGGUGUUCCUCCUCCUCAAGGUUAUCCACCGGAAGGAUAUCCCAAGGAUGCUUAUCCGCCACCGGGAUAUCCCCCACAAGGAUAUCCUCAGAGUUAUCCUCCUCAGGGAUACCCUCCUCCCUACGCCCCUCAAUAUGCUCAGCCUCCCCCUCCUCAGCAAAAGCAGAGUUCUGGUUGCUUAGAAGGCUGUUUGGCCGCUUUGUGCUGUUGCUGCCUUCUGGAUGCCUGCUUUUGACGAGCCACCUUUGCCAGACUUGUUGCAUUGAAGUUGAAUCAAACGGCAUAGUCAAACUCUAAAUCCUCAUUCUAAUUUGAAACGUUUCUCAUCGCCGCCUGUCUGGUCUUUACGUGUUUUCUCUCGCUCUCGUUUGUUUAUUUUCUUUAAUAAUUGAACCUUUACUUGUCGUUUUGUAGUAACACUACUUGUAUUUUAUUUUAUUUUGAUUUUGAGCUUUCAUGAUUCUUUUUCAUUGUUGGCUUAAAAGGAAUGUUGCUUCUGCUUGUGUAACGAAAAACAAAUUGGAAAAAAUAAGAGCUGAAAAUUACUCUUU